AUGAGGUUACCACUACUGGUAACGAUAGCGUUUUUCGCCAGCACAUCGGCGAUUUUUGAAGAUCAAGUUGGGAAAUUCGACUGGAGAAAACCGCUGAUCGGGUGUCCGGCCAAUUUGCAUUUCGAUAAAGCUGGAAGCAAAUCGGACCGUUUGAUCAUCUCCACAGAGCAAUCGAUUCUAGCAUCGCUAGUAUUGAAUACGGGAAAUAUUGGAUGGCGGAAAAUCAUGGAGGACACUCCAGAAACGCCGAACGGGCAGACAUUCACCAAGGAUCGAGAAUAUAUCUACUCUAUCGCAUCCGACGGCCGAUCCGUACGUGUUUGGCAUAAGAACAACGGAGUGAUGGCUCGCCAGCUAACAAUUUCCGAAGAGAAGUCGUCAGUUCAGGCGAUCCACGUGGCAAAGGAGAAACUAUUCGUGGCAAGCGGCAGGACUUUGGUGGCUUACCGGUCGAGCGAUGAGAAGCCACUAGAGACAGUAGUGGUGAAGAAAGAGAGAUCAUUCUCCGCUUUCUUCCAACUCGACGAGUCCCUAAUCCACGUGUCAGCGCAUCCAGGAGACUCCCAUCUGGAACUAAUUAAAAUCAACGAUGAUGGCUCGUUUGACAGCCCGAGCGAGCUGAAAAUGGAAGGAUUUUCAGUGGAAAAGUGCCACGCACACUCCCAGUACAUCUCUUGUCUCAAGGGAUCUCAGCUUUUGGUCGUCGACGUUUUCAAACAAAAAGUGCACAAACUCCAAUUGGAUUCUGACCAAUAUCACUUGCUUCCAAGCACCGGGAAGCUCAUCUUGACACGUGGCGUUGAUAAACUCCACGUCAUUGAACUGACUCCAGAAUCUGGACUUCAAGUUAGAAAAACUGUCGAUGUAACGUCUUCUGAAGCAGUAGGCGUCGCGGAAAACCACGAAUCGAUCGUCGUCGCGUCUUCUGAAGUUAUUCGUGUUCUUUCCGUCAAUUCGAAUCAUCACUCUUCAGCAAAACGAGUGAAAACGUCUUCAGAAAACGGAAAGAUAAUGGAGAACUCGAAACCAAAGAGAGUUUUCGCAAGAAAAAGUGAGAAGGAUUGGGAAAUUGUGCUGGUUGGAGAGGACUGCCGAAUCGAGUUCGUCACUGUUGAUGAGACAUCGAAUCUGGUCAACUCAGAAUGGGCUAGAGAAGGUGAGGAUAGGAAAUUUGUUCUAAAAAUACACAGAAAAAAUUCAGAAUCCCUCAUCAACACUGUCUCCGUGGAGAUGGUGGAUCUUCCAUUGUCCGAAAGUCAACAGAUGAUCGAGGACGAGUUUGAGGAGGCAGGAAACUUCUUCACCGCGUUCGCCCGUCGUAUUCACUCCCAAUGCGGUCAAUUGGUCAGAUUCUUCACCAAGAACGUUGAAAAAAUCAUCCACGUGGCGACGUCGAUCUCCAGAGAUGGCAAUGGAGUGUCGGAUUUCAUCAAUUCAGUGAGGACAGCUGGGCAAAUCGGCUCUGCUUCGUCUGGACCAUUCGAACGUGACUACUUCAACCUCAGAAAAGUGAUCAUUGUGGUCACUUCCUCAGGUACCGUGUUCGGUAUCGACAGUGCCGAUGGACAAUUUUUAUGGAAGAUGUGGCUUGGUGACUCUUUUUCGCCAUUGGAGAGUCAGUUGGAGCAGAAGAGAGUACCACUAUUUGUGCAAAGAACCACAGCUCACUAUCAGUUGGAUGGGCUCGCUUCUGUUGUAUUUAGUAAUCAGAUCACCCGAAACGGAGUCAUCGUGUCUUUCAACCCAAUGAUUGGAAAGGUGGAGUCUCGAAAUGAGCUGGGCUAUCCUGUCAAAAGAGUGACGGUUCUUCCAGUGCAUACUAAUAAGCAUAUCAAAACCUUCCCAUCGAUCACAUCUGAUGAGCUCACCGCCACCACGUCUUCUCUCUACCUCUUGGAUCUCCAACAGCAAUCUGUUCAAGGACUGAAAAUCGAUAUUUCUACACAGAAAAUUCAGCCAGUCUGGCAAGGAAACUUAGGAUUGACAUCAGAUGAUGAGAUUGUAGCUGUUAAGGGAAAAUCCUUCAAUCAAAAAGUCCACUCCCAAGGACGAGUGUUGGUCACCCGCGAGGUCCAAUACAAGUACGUCAACCCGAAUCUGGCUGCUGUCGCUUCGAUCAACAAAGCCAAUCAGCAUCUGACAAUCACUCUGGUGGAUAUAGUCACCGGCCAAGUGGUUCAUAGUGCUGCCAUCGGAAAGUCUGCCAAGCCGAUUCAUUUGGUUCAUUCGGAGAACUGGAUUGCGUAUACCUACUGGUCGGAAAAGGGACGUCGGACAGAGUUGGGAAUCAUCGAGUUGUACGAGGGAUCCGAGGAGAAUCAUACUCAACAGGAAACAUUCGACUCGAAGAUCGUCCAGAAGCUUCCUCCAGUGGUCGCCCAACAAAGUUACAUCUACGCUCAAGGAGUGGACGCAAUGAGUGUUUCAGAAACAGAACAAGGUCUGACCACUCGCUCCAUCCUCCUAGCCCAUCCCUCUGGUAACAUUCACGAAGUCUCCCGACGUCUUCUGGAUGCCAACCGCCCGAUGGAGUUGACGCAAGCGAUGCGAGAGGAAAUGAUGAUUGGAUACAUGCCAGAGAUCGCUGUGGCCACUGAGGAGAUGAUCAAUUACAAUCAGACAGUGCACAGAGUUCGAGGCAUCAAGACAAGUCCAUCCGGAUUGGAAUCCACGAGUUUAGUGUUGGCUUAUGGAACGGAUUUGUUCUUCACGAGGCUGGUGCCAAGUGGUACUUUUGAUAUUUUGAAAGUGAGGGAUUGUGACCUAGUUCAAAAACCUCUGACAUUUUGCUUUCAGGAUGACUUCGACCAUGUUCUAAUUUCUCUGGUGCUCACUGGCCUCGUCGUCGGCUCCUACGUAACCAAACGACUCGCCCGUUCCAAUGCUCUCGCCUCUCAAUGGUCCUAA